AUAAAUGACAAGUUAAAUAAAAGAUAGUGCAUAUUUUACAUUCUUUAUUGAUAAUCCAGAAAAUCAUUCAUUAUAAUUAAAUGGUGAAAUGAAGAAUUCUGAUACAAAAUUCAGAUUUAGAAAAUAUUGUAAAACCUAAACAGUUGAUGUUCGUUUUCCAUGGAAUAACACUAAGGUUCAUUUCAGAGUUAGAGAUCACAAUGAUUUAAAAUUAGGACUUGAUUUAGGUUAAUUGAAACUUGGAAACUUUGAAGCUUCUUAUUUUGCCAAAGUUUUUUCAACCAAUAAAUAGCUUUCAUAUUAAUUUGGAUUACAAAAAGAAGUAAAUAAGAAAUUUUGGCAUUCUUUAUGUAAUGAAUUUAUAAAUAAAAAGGGAUAUCAUUCAAUUAAGGAUUGUUUGUUAAUUAUAAUUUUAAUUUCACACAACCUUAAUGGUAUUUAAGAGAAGGAAUUAGAUGGAACACGAACUAAAAUUAAUUUGAUUUUGAUGGAUUAUUCAAUUACACAUAAAAUUUGAAUGAAUUCUUCAUAAAAGCUUCUAAUAGUUUGGAUAACAAAUUAAACUGUUAAAAUUAGGAAAUUAAAUUUGGGUAUUUGAGAAGAAGAGGAAAUGAUAAAGCUUGCGGAUUUUAAGUAGAUAAAAAUUUGAAUGUUGAUUUGAUAUGUCAUGCAAAAGUGAAGAAAUGUGAUUGGAGAUUUUUCAUUAACAAAUAAUUAGAAGUUAGAUAAUUCGUGAAAUACAAUUAUAGUGAUUCGUAAAAACUUAUAUAAAUAUAUUUAGAUUAUCAAUUCAUACAGGAAUUGCAGUACCAUUAAAGACAAUAGGAAGUGUCUGUCCUAUGUCAUACUUGACUGCAUUAUAAGUUGAGUUGAACAUUUGAGAUUAUUAAAUACAAAACAAAAAUGAAAACAUUUUAAAGAUAGG